AUGUUAAAAUUGCACUAUUUAAGAGGAUAUGCAUUUUCAGCUAGGUAAGUUCAUUCUUAAAUUGCAAUUAUCGGAGGAGGGACAGCUGGAUUAAACGUAGCGGCCUAAUUGAUAGCCGAUGGACAUGCGAUUCCAUAGUAAAUUAGAAUAUUUGAACCUAUGAAAAUGCACACAUAUUAACCAGGAUGGACAAUGGUUGGCGGCGGUUUGUAUGACAUCAACAAAACUCUCAAGCCGAUGGAAAAGGUUUUACCAAAAAAUGUGAUUGUUUCGGAUAGUCCUGUUAUCAAGAUAAAUCCUGAGGAAAAUUAAAUACAGACAUUUGAUGGAGAGAAUUAUACAUAUGAUUAAUUAGUAGUGGCAACAGGCAUAAGGACAGAUUUUGAUUAGAUUAAAGGUAUAACAAAAGCAUAAUAAUAUUUAGAAGAACCCAAUUCACCAGUGGCAUCAAUCUAUCACUAUAAAUACGCUUCUAAAAUGAAUAGAUUAGUUGAUGAAUUUGAAGGUGGCAAACUAGUCUUUACUGAACCAUAGAUGCCAAUAAAGUGUGGUGGAGCACCAUAAAAGAUAGUCUAUUUGUCUCAUGAUAGACUUAGAAAAAGAGGAAUUAAAUCUGAUAUUCAUUUCUAUAAAAACUCUGCUUUAAUUUUUGGUGUACCAAAGUAUGCUGAAAUAUUGACAGAUGUGUGCUAGAGAAAAUAAAUUAAUUGUCAUUUCAAACAAAAGUUGGUUGAAGUCUAAGAUCAUGUAGCUAUUUUCGAAGAUUAAGACACCAAAGAAUUAAAAUCUGUAACAUUUGAUCUCUUACAUUUAGUACCACCUCAAGUUCCAGCUAAAUUUAUAGCUGCCAGUGGAUUAGGUGAUGCUGCUGGAUUUUGUAAUGUACAUCCAAAUACCCUAUAGCAUGUGAAAUAUAGAAAUAUUUGGUCUUUGGGAGAUUGCUCAUCUUUGCCUACUUCUAAGACUGCUGCGGCUGUUAUGGCUUAGACACCCAUCUUAGUCAAGAAUUUAAUUAGAACUUGGAAGUAGGGAUUGGAACCUAUUCCUGAGUAUCAAGGUAAUGGUUGGGUUAACUUGUUAGGUUACACUUCUUGUCCUAUUUUUACAAGUCAAAGUACUUUGUUGUUGGCUGAAUUCAAAUACAAUUCUGAGUUAGAUGAGACAUUCCCAAUAUUUCAGUCUAAUGAAAGUCGAUUGAUGUUUUAUUUAAAAAAGGAUUUCUUCCCAUUUGCCUAUUGGUAUUUCAUGGUUAAAGGACUAUGGGGAGGAAGGGAUGGAUUUAGGUUUUUUAAAGGAGCUUGAAUGUGAAAUUUAAUCUAAUUAUUAAUUUACA